AUUCAUUCUAUAUUUUACGGACAAUCUAUAAUAAUACAUACAACUUUGAGGUUAUGUUGUGAUCAAAUAAAAAAAAAAAAUUAUAAAUCAUUUUUUUCUUAAUUGCUACUGAAACCUACCCAAAAUGCUUUCACGCAGCUGGAGGCAUCUGGCUCGGCGAUAUUCACAAGCGACUACUUUUAGAACAAAUGAGAAUUCACCCGCUCAGCACAGUGAAAAACAAGAGGGUUUGUUCUACACCAUGAAACCUGAACUGUGUAAACAACUCUUCAGUCACGGAGGAUUUCCAAAAAGUUUUAUGCAACAGACUAAGACCUUCACAGAGACUGCUGUUAUGGUGCGACAACCCGCAUUGGACCUGAUCUCUUGCAUAAAAGCUAGUGAUUUGAACCAACCAGCUAUAAGAUAUGUUCUCUAUGGUGAAAAAGGGUCAGGCAAGUCUCUGACAUUGGCUCAUGUCCUACAUUAUGCCCAUGAAGAUGGUUACCUUAUUGUGCAUGUACCUUGGGUUUCGGAGUGGUUGAGGCGAGUGCCGCGCCACAAAGAGAUGUCUAAUUCUCAGACUAACGAGGGUUUCGUUGACCUGCCUCUCGACGCGGCCGCAUGGCUAAUACACUUCAAGAGUCAGAAUCAAACAUUACUAAAAUCAGAAAAUUUGAAGGUCUCUAAAGAGUAUGUGUGGAGUAAACGCGAGAAAACUGAAGCAGGUUCUCCAUUACAUACGUUGGUCGAACACGGAAUAAACCGCGUCAAGUACGCCUGUGACGUCGUCGACGUGCUCAUUGAUGAGAUCAAGAUGCUGUCCAGUAGCAAGCAGUGUAAGACAUUCGUGGCGAUCGACGGAUUCAACAGUUUCUUCUACCCGUUGACGCGACUCAGUACUCCCACCAAAAAGACGGUGAAACCUGAUGAAGUUACUCUCACCACAUCCUUCCUGAAACUGACACAUAACGACUGGACGAAUGGUGUUAUAGUAGUGACUGCCGACCAGUUAGCAGUCCCCGAUGACCAUCAAGAAAGUUUCCUUCCAAGAUACUUGCUGUACAAAAAGGGCUUUGACCAUUUAGACCCAUUUGUGCCUAUUGAGGUUGGCAGAUAUAAUGAAAAGGAGUUCCAAAGCUGCGUGGGAUACUACAGAGACCGGCUGUGGCUGAGGGGACCUCCCGAGGUUGAGACAGAAUUAAAGUUCACCAGUGCAUGCAACCCCUACAGGUUUAUGGAACAGUGUGCACCAUUGUAAAAUACUUGUCAAAGUUAUUUAAUAUAAAAGUAGUUUAUUA